UUGACAGCCGAAUCGAGUCGUGUCGGUCGUCCGGGUGUGUGGAGUGAUUGAAAGUGUUUUUUUUUUUGCUGCGUGAAAUUUAAUCGUAUUUUGCGUGCGACGACAAAACUAGAUUACUGUUUUCGAAAUGGCCACACGUAAACGCUCCGGUUCCGGUUCCAAACGUCCGAAGGAGAAGGUGGUCUAUAUCUACGAGCUGUUGCUUCACGGAGCAAACGCGGACCAAAACAAGCAGAACUUCUGGGACGAGUUUUUCCUGCUGCAGCCCAACACGGAGGCCUUCGAGACGGAGCUGCAAAAGCUCGAUUCGGCGAAACUGUGCGCGGCCAAGUCCAAUCUGCUGCUGCUGCUGGAGAAAUGCGUGGACAUUAUGGACGUGAACGAUGUGAAGAGAACCCACAACGCUCUGAUUACGCUCAGUAUCCUGACGUAUACAAUGUUCAAGAAAUACAGCAAUCCGGAAGAUGGAAGUGUGGAAAAUAUGUUUGCCGAGUUUCGCCUGGGCGACGUGGAAGAGCACAUCAAAAAACUGGUGGAGAAAAUUAAGGAACUGAUUAUCUGCGACAACUCGGACACGUUGCGGUUCUAUUGUCUAAAGUUGCUGUUCAUCGUCGGUUCCGGGACGGACAAUCUGGACGACAAUCUGCUGCUGGAGUACAUUAUGUCGAACAAUCUGUUCGAUUCGCUGAAGAAGGUUCUCAGUGAUUCGACCGCUCGAUUGGAGCAUGGACAUGAUAUUGUGAUUCUGCUGGCACUUUUGGUUAACUAUCGAAAGCAUGAUGCGACGAAUCCAUAUGUCGUGAAAUUAUCUUUGCUGGACGAUGAACUUGCGCUUCACGGCUUUGGCCACGUGAUUUCAGCAACUCUGUUCGAAUUUAUUAAGCAGCAGACUACUAACGUACUAGCAGUUCAGAACAAUUCCUGGAUAAGUUCGCUGUCGUCGAUGGUAGGCAACAUGUUCCUCUCGGAUGAAGUCGACGAAAAAAUGUAUCAAAUUAGACAAAAUAAUGCCUUGCUGUUGGCACUGUACGAAGCAGUGCACUUGAAUAGAAAUUUCAUCACCACAUUGGCCACGACGCAGGCCGAGUCAAGUUCACCGCCAUCGCCGUCGAACACGCUAAAUAGUCACCAUUCCAUUAGCGACCUCUCGUCGGCGCCUAUCAUUGACGUGACGCAAUAUCCAACGAAUUUACUAGUGGCCGUAUUUCAGUACUGCUCCGUUGUUAUGAUGGACCAUAAGAAUGAAUCGAGUGCCGUAAAUCUCAAGCUGUGCUUUAUCAUUCUAACCUGCAUAUCGGAGGAUCAGUACGCCAAUUCGAUGAUGCACGAUUCGAAUCUGACGUUCAAGAUAUUCCUCCAUAGGGCGCACAUGCGCCACCGAAAGGCGACCACGGAUCGAGCCUCGCGUCCGCAACCACUGGCGGCAACUUUGUUAGAUUUACUUGUUGAGUUUAUUGUUUCACAUUUUAUGAAAAAGUUUCCAAUGGAGUUGUACUUGCUGUGCACCGGCAUCAUACAUCGAGUCAUCGUAUAUCAGAAACGUUGCCGCGUGCGACUAAUAUACCCCUGGAAGGAACUGUGGACGGCACUAAUCAGCCUGCUUAAAUUUAUAGUGUAUCAAGAACAAACGCUAGUUAAAAAGUGCAACAUAUUUCAUCUAGCUAUUCAGGUUGUUAAUAUCUUCAAUCUUUUCAUCACAUAUGGAGAUACUUUCUUAGCUACUACUAGCAGUUACGACGAGCUGUAUUAUGAACUGAACAGAGAAGAAAAAGUAUUUAGUGAGAUUCACGCUAUGGUUCUGCGAUACACCACCAUUGAGGAGUGUGAAUACAAAGAAGAUGUAUUUAAGCUAUUGAACUCGAUGGUGAAUAUUUUGGCAAUCAUCAAGCAUUUUCAGAUCAAAAUCAAAGAGUGGCUAUCUGCUGAGAGUUUAUCCACCCCAACAGAGGAACAAAUCCUGGCCCAGAUACAGAAAAACUACGACCUUACCUUGAAGCUCCAGGACUCGCUGGAGUUUUUCGAAAGGUACACAGAGAAACCCCAUGAUCUAUUUUUCCGAAAUUUAGUCAAGGAUGUGGUCAUUGAUACCCGGAAAUCAGUGUACAACGUGAUAAAAAACUAUAACGCAAACAAAUCAAAAGAAAUCUAUGAACAAUAAUAA